CCUCGGAUCACCGAACACAACCCCUAAAUUUCCUAUAAAUCAUUUCCUGACUUUACCCAUUUCUUCGAUCCGCAUUCUUCAAAAUUAUUUCUCUCAAAUUCUUUAGAUAUCCAUUUCCUUUCUUCAAAUCGAUUCGCUUUUUGUUCAAUUCGCUUUUUCCUCUAUUUAUUGAUCAUAGUUUCAUCACUUGCCGGAGAUUCGAUUCAUUUCUAGGGUUAGGGUUUUUGUAGAUCUAUUACAAUUUGAUAUUACAAAGAGCGGUUUUCUUAGAUCUUCAAAUCUAAGCUUGUAUAUUAGCUUUUUAUGGUGUUAAUUUUUCUGGGUCAGGUUAAUUUUUUAAGUAAUUCUUUGAAAUUUUGAGAGUUUUCGUUCCUUUUUUUACAUAUAUAUUUUCGAUUUGUAAACACGAAAUUAAAAAAAAUUGAUAUUGAUUUUUCUGUAAAUUGAACGAAAAAUCCAGGAUCUAUUAUUCGAUUUUGUAAUUUGAAUUGACGAACUUUGUUCCAAUUUAUCGUCUUGUCAAUCCAAUUGAUAUUAUCGAUUUGCACCGGCGUGUCUCUAGAGAAAAAAAAUGAUCCACAAACGGCCUUUUGUUGAUGAUGAUUCUUAUGUGGUCGCUCGUAAGCACUCUAAACAUCUAGAACACAUUGAUCAGCUUACUCCAAUUCUCCCACUUGAUGAUGCUUACUCAAAACCUAUGAUUCCAGACGGUGAGGACAGUUUUAAUAAGUGUCAAGAUUUUGGGAGGUCUGGAAGUGAUCCAGUCAUAUCAGUUUCAAAUGAGGGCAACAACCUUGAAAAUGGUGCCUCUGGCUCUUUCCCUCAUUUCUUAUGGAUCAACAAUGGUAUUCUCGAGGCAGAUAAUCUCUCACUGUUCCCAGAAUAUUUCGAUCAUGGACACCAAUUAAGGGCUUUAUUUCAACCUGAUGAGGCAUUUUCAUGUCUUGACUAUCCUUUUCGGAAGCCAGUUUCUAUUGGGCCUGAGCAUCAAGUUUUUGUACCAGAUUGGGAGGGGGUUUCAAAUACCUCUUCUAAUCAGUUAGAUAAGUCUAAUCCUAAGGUUGCCCUUGCACAAUCAUCCAGCUCUAGCAUUAUAGUUGAUGAUGGUUAUGAGGAGAGGCUGAUGGGCACUUGUAUUAUUCCUUUGCCGGAACAGGAAGUACCUGCAAGCCAUAGUUCUGAAAGCACCAUAACUAACUGUAGCUGCCUUGAGCAGGGGUCUAUUGAUUGUGUGAAAAAACAUAUCAUGGAAGCUAGGCUGAAACUUAGGGAGAACCUUGGGAAGGAUAUCUUUGAGGGGCUGGGUUUCUAUGAUAUGGGGGAAUGUGUUGCAAAGAACUGGACUGAAGAGGAAGAGCAAAUUUUUCAUGACAUAGUUCUAGCAAACCCGGCAUCACUGGGUAGAAACUUCUGGGACCAUCUGUCAGUAGCAUUGCCUUCACGAACAAAAAGAGAGCUCGUCAGUUAUUAUUUUAAUGUUUUCAUGCUUCGGAAGCGUUUCGAGCAGAAUAGGUUUGAUCCAGUAAACAUCGACAGUGAUAAUGACGAGUGGCAAACAAGUGAUGCUGGAGUGGCAGAGGAAGAUGAAGAUUCUGCAGUGGAAUCUCUAAACGGACGAGAAGCCACUGCUUACUAUGAAGAUCAUGUUGAUGACUGCAAUGAACAUGUUGAGGAUGAGGAUGAAAUCGGUGCUUCCAAAGAGAGUGCUGAUGAUGAUACUCAGAGAGUUGCAACGGACGAGGAGUAUGAGGGAGACUUAGAUGAUGUUUCAGCAGCGCAUGUUGGUGUUUCCACUGUUGGUUGUGUCCGCGAUAAAGGCUUCAAGCUUUUUAAAGGGAUUUCCUGCAGCAAUGGAAAUGAUUGUGAUAUUGAAGAUGACUCAUGCACAUCAUAUGAGUAUCAGCGAGAAACUAUAGACUGUGGUGGUGCACUUGAUAUAGAAACAGAUGGAAGACACUCCAGUCAAGAGUGAUACUCAGGGAGCACACUGUUAAUGGCUGCAAAGAGGAUGCUGGGAAUAUGAACCCCCUGCAGUUGACGCUUGGACACUACCAUGGUACGCGAAGGAAGGAUUCCUGUUACCAUCAGAAGCUUGAAUAAAGAGGCUUGCCUAGAAAAGGAUGGACAUGGCGUUUGAUGGAGUAGUGUGAUGUCAAUUAUAGUGGAGAUGUGUGAUUGUUAUCAUACGAUUUCUUGAGUUGAAAUUGGUAGGCAGGCAUCAAAUCUCAAGGCCUUUUUGGGAUUCAGUUGGGAUGGUUGAUUUCCAUGGAUGGGCCAAAGGAACUCUCAUGGGAAUGGCCAAGCUGGCAGUUGCAAAUCUGUGUAGCAUGACUUUCCUGUUUCCUCUGUUUAGACGAGGCUCGUGGAAGUAGUAGCUACGAAGUGAUUAGCCCACUGUGAGAAAGCUAGAGGAUGCAAUGGAGUUGGGUCCCAAAUAUUAUGGGUGCAUUAGCUCUUAAAAUGGUCUUAUUGUUAUUCAUUAUUAUCUCAAUAGAAAUGUGGUUUGUCUAUCAGUCAGUAUUGAUUGUGUUUCUUGGCCUUACUAUGGUAUGAAAUUGCUUUCGUGGUUGUACUGGUAUCAAUUUCAGCAAAAGAUGACAAAUUGUCAGGGGGCAACGGAGCAAGGAUGGGGCAUUGCCAUGAGUUCUGUCUAACUUCUUUGUGUUGAUGUGUCUUCCUAUUCUUUACCUAGUGACUUGGCAAGCAGAGGGUCUGGACUCUAAUUCGGUUUCCUGUUAGCAUAAAUACAUACUUGAAACGCACCUGUAGGGGCAUGGACAUGGACGAUGAUUAAACAGAAGUGAACUAGGAUAAAAUGCCAUACAAGUACAGCCGCAAAGCAUUUCCUUCUCUAUAUGAUAGACUGCAACUCAUAGCUUCUUCGAGAAUUAAGUAAAUGUCCUCAGUAGAAAUAGGCUUAAACAGUAAUUUUCCACUUGGACUUUGUUUCUCUUUUGUCAAUCUACUUAGAAAUUAACUUUCUGGUCCA